AUGCAUGCCCCAUCCGCCAUUCUCGCAUUCGUGUUAGGGCUAGCUGCUACGGCUACAGCGCACCGGCAGCACCUCUCCGCCCGCGAUCUCGCCUCCCAUGCCGCCAUCUCCAAGCGCUGCGCUGCCAAAGCCGGAGAGUUCACCCUCGCCCGUAAGAAGCGCUCCCUCGCAAAAAGAUCCAGCAUUAUCCCGCGCGACACCAGCGUGAAUAUCACCAUCGAAUCUCCUCACUACAGCACCAUUCAAAACGAUACGUGCGUGCUGGUCCCGGAUGUGACCGCCGGUCCAUAUGUCUGGCCGAGAUCAGAGACACUCAGGCAGGAUAUGCGCGAGGGUCAGGCGGGCGUGCUGCUGUAUUUGGAUAUCGGGGUGCUCGAUGUGAAUACAUGUGAGCCGGUGCCGAAUGUGUUGGUUGAUAUGUGGCACUGCAACGCAACGGGAAGCUACUCCUCCUUCGACGCUCUCUCCCCAAACAUCCCCUUCCAACAACUCCUCGAAAUGCUGAACAAAACCAUCGGCCCCAACCUCGACCUACACACCGGCGACAGCACCUUCCUGCGCGGCAUGUGGCCCACCGACAGCAACGGCGUCAUGGAAAUGGCAACCAUCUUCCCGGGCUUCUACGUCGAGCGUACAAUCCACAUCCACGUGCAAGCGCACACAGACUGGAUGGUCCGGGGCAAUGGCACUGUUGUCUCUUCCAAUAUCGUCUCGACGGGUCAGCUGUUCUUCGAUGAGGCGCUGAGCGAGCAGGUUAUGGCGCUCGAGCCGUAUGCGAGUCAUACGCAGAUUGAGAGGACGACGAAUGACGUGGAUAGUAUUUAUGCGGGGGAGACGGUGACGGGAUGGAGUCCCGUUGUGCAGGUUGAGGCGUUGGAUGGAGUGGAUGUGGCGAAUGGUAUGAUGGGGUAUAUUACGUUGGGGGUCAAUCUGACGGCGACGAGUAGUCAAGGGGCUAAAUUAGAUCAUCGUUGA